CGUCCACCCCAUUUCCUUCAUAUUGUCUGUUGAGAGUAGACAUGAGUCCCACGGCGGGCCGUCUGGUGUCCACAUCAUAUCUACAGAUAAUAUCAUCGACAUCAAGAUGUCGGAUGCGAGUGGGCAGGCUGCACCCGGUUCGACGGCCCAAACAAUCUGCAAUAUGGAGCAACCACCAAACGUUCACAACUUCGCGCCUAUUGUUAUACGAGGAAAGCGAAAAGCUAAUCCGCGAGCCACUAUCAAAAGCUCUUCCUGCCGAGUCUUAUGAGAUUGACAAAUCAAACACUGUUCACGAUGAUAUCGCUUCAGCUAAUGCAUUUGAUGAUCGAGAUCUCGAUGCAGUCGAGCCGACAUCUCCGAUGGAAGAGGCCAAUGGAGUGACAAGUUUUUCAGCGACCCGCGAAAGGACUAGCAUAAGGAACGUUACAGGUACUCAUGUAGAUGUAGAAAGAGCGACAAUACUUGCCCAUGGAGAGUCUGAAUCCCGCAGAGAUCUCAAGGAAUAUGCAAAACUGGCGGCGUGGGAGCUGCCACUACUUCAUAAAUUAAGACAGCCUUUCCAACCUCCCUCGUCAGCUACACCACUUCGCUUUCGUUAUACGAGCUAUAUGGGCGAAGAUCAUCCGGCUGCGAAGAAAGUUACAGUCGAAUUUAACCCCUCCGAGCUCCCAAACUUAAAUGAGGAACAACAAGUCAAGCUAAUCAAGCUUGUUGGUGCGCGUUACAAUCCAGAAAAGAAAACAAUCAAAAUGUCUUGCGAAUCAUUCGCGACUUCGGCACAGAACAAACGCUACCUCGGCGAUCUCCUUCAGAAAUUAGUCCAAGAAGCUAGAAAUUCAAAGGACAUGUUUUCAGAUGUUCCGAUUGAUCUUCGGCACCACGUGCAGAAGCCGGUGUACAACUUUCCCGAAGAGUGGAAGAUCUCUCCUCCCGUGAGAAUAGUGAACGGCAAAGGUAUGCGAGGAAAGGGACUGCAAAAACGCGGAAGGCUUCAGGAACUUCAAGAAGGUGGUCAUGUUGUGGAUGGCGUAAAGAUUAUUCGAGAGGCCAUGGCGGCUUUACCACUGCAAAAAAUCAGGCCGCAAUCAGGAGGGAAGACGGUUCUUGGGUCAGGCAAAAUCAAAGUGUCAGCAAAAGGGAAACUACGGACAGCCCCAGGUACAACAUGAUAAUUAAACCCCCAUGUUUUCACAGCGAAGAACGCUAGCCGCUUAUUAAUUGCAAAAGGCUGCUUAAAAUCAAACGUCACAAUUUGUAAUUUACAUGUUGGUUGCUAUAGUAUAAAAACAAUUAAAAUAUUCUGGAUUCAUUUCUA